AUGGGAUUAUCCACUUUGAGCAAGCUAUUUGUUUCUGUUUGUCUAAUUUCAGGCAGCUAUGCAUACACUCUUCCAAUGGAUGAUAUCUUAGCAUAUGCCAAAGAAGAUACAAUCUUUAAAGAGCAUACUCUAUCUAUUACUCGUAACUACGUGAAUCCAGAUGGAAUCUUCAAAAGCGGUUUACGUAUCAAUGGUCAAUCCCCAGGACCAUGCAUCCAAGGUGAUGAAAACGACUGGGUCAGAGUUACGGUUAAUAACAAUCUGCCGGUGGCCAUCACGAUUCACUUCCAUGGGAUUCUUCAAAGAGGGACUCCUUGGGCAGACGGCGUGUCUGGAGUAACCCAGAAUCCAAUCUUUCCGGGUGAAUCAUACAUUUAUGAAUUCCAGGUUAAAGAUCAAUAUGGUUUUACGUGGUAUCAUGCCCAUCACAGAGGAUACCUGACAGAUGGGGUAUACGGUCCAAUGAAUUUUGUACCUAGUCCGAAGAGAGAGAGACCAUAUCAUUUGAUAACAAACGAUACACUGGAUAUAGAAACGUUGUUAGAACUUGAGAAAGAUCCGAUCCCGCUUAUAGGUGACGACUCUUUCAAGUGGGAUAUGGACAGCAUAAUUUCAAGAAUGUUUGAUUACGGAGUCGAUCCUCUUUGUAUACAGAGUAUUUUGAUUAAUGGAAAGGGCAGAAAGGUAUGUCAUGAUCCAGAAGUAUUUGAAAGGUUAAGAAAUAAAAAUGGCACGCUGCAAAACGUAAGGAAUGGAGAAUUCGACAGUUGGGGCUGUAUGAAAAUGGAGAAUGGCUACACCAAUGCCACCAAUUUCCUGGGCUUGGAAAUUCCUGGGUAUUACGAAACCUGUGAUCUGACUUUCACAGAGCAGUUUGAGCACCAUUCAAAUACAGAUUGGUACUAUUUCAACCUUCUCAAUGCUGGUGGGCAAUUUACCAAAGCAUUCUCAAUUGAUGGUCAUCAAUUGUGGGUUGUAGCAAUUGAUGGGAUAUUUGUAAAUCCACAAAUCGGGCAUCAAAUAAUUUUGCCUGUCGGUUCCAGAGUUACCAUCGUUGUUAAGGCAAAAAGGGGAAUAUUCCCCAUGCGGUUUGCAGCCGCCUUAACUCCUCAAUUUAUAGAAGGUGUCGGAUAUCUAGUUAAUCACAUGGAAAACGGAACUAGAAAUGAUACUCUACCUACAAUUUUCCAAGAUUUAGAUGGUAGGUUAAUACUGGAGAAUUAUACAUCCAUCUGGCCAAAAAACACUGCUCCCUUUGAUGAGAGUGCAAGGUACAAUUUAGGAACUCGUCCAGCAGAUCAUACUUUUAAUUUGCAUUUGAAUCGUACGGGGAUGAUAACGUUCAGCUUGUUUCCUGAUGGAGAGCUCUUACCCCAUAACUUUGAGCACGAUAAACCUUUGCUUUACAACUUCUCUCAACAAUCGUAUGGCAAAUGGGCAUUAAGAGACAACAUUAAAACAGGUGAUAUCGUUGAUAUCAUAAUAAAUAAUAGCAACGCCAUGGGUCACCCGAUUCAUCUUCAUGGACACUUGUUUUAUUUGUUAAGCCAUGACAAUUCGAAUGCAUUUAUUCACAAUUCGGUUGAAGACGCUGUGCAACAUGGCUACACGGCAUUCAAUGACAAUCCGCCGUUAUUUGAUAUAACUUACAUCCCACCUCGUGGGCACUCAGUAAUAAGGUUUGUUGCUGACAAUCCAGGCAUUUGGUUAAUACAUUGUCACAACCUAGGGCAUCUAUUAGGUGGGAUGGGCGCCGUAAUAUUUGAAGAUGAAGAGAGCCUCAAUCAGCUAAUGAAGAGCCGCACUAUCUCUUAG